UUAAUCACACUGUGAAUGAGUGUUGAAUCAUGGGAGUUGUUGUCUUCACCUCCACCUCCUUCUGUUUUAUUUACACUAAAGCGCAGAGAAGCAGAUGCCUUUGCAGCUGAUAGUGUCCAGGUAUAUAUUGCUGGAAAGUGCGGUUUAGUUCCAGCCAUGGUUGAGCAGUAUGAUGAACAGACCUCAAGUUACCAUGUUGUGGCGGUUGUGCGUAAGGGCUCGGGUGUAACGUGGAGUAAUCUGAAAGGGAAAAAGUCCUGCCACACUGCCCUGAACCUCACUGCUGGUUGGAAAAUACCCAGAUUCAGUCAUAUGUGGCAAAACGCCUAUGUGAGUAUCACUGUAAAAAAAAGUUUUUUUUUCUGAGUAUGUUUCAUAAUCAGGCAAAGUACUAAGAGACAUCAGUAUAACCAAUAUAGGGAUAAAU